AUGCGAUUAAAGAACACCAGAGAUCCAGUGUACAUGGUUCUUCUAAAUGAAAACCACUCCGUACAAGAAUUAAACAAGAAUUUCUGUUUUAUUGGGCACACCAGAAUUCGCUGGGCCUACUACAGAAAUAAAAAGAUUAUCACGCAAUGCAAGCGUUGCCAGGAAUGGGGUCAUGCAACCACGAACUGCAAUGCUAAAUACGUGUGUCUGAAGUGUGGUGAACAACAUGCAUCCUUCGAAUGCAAACAACUAAAAAGUGUGCCCCCCAAGUGCGCAAACUGCCUGCAACCUCAUCCUGCGAACUCCACGGAGUGUAUCGCGUACAAGGAGGCCCUAGCAAAGACCCAAAAGGGAAAACAGAAGAACAAACCAGGACCCAACAGCCGCAGCACCAAUGAAUCGAAAUCGACCAACAACAAGCUAAAACAGGUACCACAUUAUCAAGCGAUAAAAGAGUUUCCAAAACUUCCUGCAUGCGAUAUGUCAUCCUCCGCCAUACCAUUACCAACAACAAUUCCAAACGCACCUAAGGUACCACCCACAAACACGAAACCAAAUUUUGAAAGUUUUAAUGAUCUAAUGGCAGAAAUUAAUAUACUGCACCAAACAAUAAACAUCACUAGAAUGCUGCAAUUAGUAAAAGAUCUAAAUAAUAGACUAGUGGGAACUACAACAACUGCUGAAAAGUUUCAUAUUUUUAUCACAUUCACGCAAAGCAUUCAUGAUUAA